CAGUUAACCCAAAGUCUCUGUCAGAGCAGGCAAAGAAAAAGAAGCUGCACAAUGGGGUGCUACGCCUUUUUCUUUUUGUCCCUGAUCUUGACUGUGGAGGGUUCAGCAGGCAGAUUCUUCAUAUCAGCCCCCCGUGUUUUUCACAUGGGUGUUAAUGAGAAAGUGUUUGUCCAGAUGGGAAACUCUCAUCUUAAUAAUCUUGUCACUCUCUACCUGGAGUACGAGAGUACCGGUACUGUUGUGUCUGCGACGAACACCACUCUGUGCACAGUGGAAGGAGAGAUAAAGACAGUUGAGCUCAAGAUCGAAAGGGAUUCAAUCCAAAGAUUGAGUCAACAUUUUAACCUACGCUACCUUCUGCUGGUGGCCGAGAGCCCCUCCUUCAGGGGGAGGAAGACAACAAAAGUCAUGGUAUCAAAACGAAGGGGCUACAUCUUCAUUCAGACUGAUCAGCCAAUCUACACCCUGACACAGAAUGUGCGAUACAGGAUAUUCACUCUUGACCACACAUUGAGGCCUCAUGAUGAGGCGUUCCACAUAGAAGUAUAUAAUUCUGUUGGAAAUAGAGUCCUCAAAACCCUGAAGAUUGCAACGGGAGGAAUACUCCAAGACUCAUUUCCCUUACCUGAUGUAUCAAAAUUGGGCACAUGGAAGAUUACAGCACACUAUGAUGAUGAUGAUGAUAAAGCAAAUGCUGCUUCCCGAGAGUUCAAAGUCCAGAAAUUUGUUUUACCAAGUUUUGAGGUGAACAUCGAAAUGGAGCAGAGGUUUAUUUUGUUGAAGACAGAACAGCUCAACUUCUCCAUAUCGGCAAAGUAUUCGCAUGGCGAAAAAGUGAAAGGGGCUUACCAUUGCCAAUUUGGAGUAAUGGAAAAAAUGCAGCGUGUGAUUAUCAGGGGGCUGGAGCUAACUGGGAUGGUCAACGGUGGAGCUGAAGCAGCGUCUCUUCAGAUAGAAAACCUAAAUGCUCACCUCGAAAAACAGGAGAACAAAUCCCUCUCUGAGUUACAGCAAAGUGGAGCACAGCUAUACUUGAGAGUAUUUGUAACCAAUAUACAAAGUGGUGAAAUGCAAGAGGCAGAAGUAAACCUUCCUAUCAUCUCUCAUAAAUACACCUUGGAUCUCUCCCGAACUCGCUCACAUUUCCUCCCUGGAUAUCCGCUAGAAGUAGUGCUGUUGGUGAGUCUCCCAGAUGGGUCCGCAGCAGCUGGUGUAGGAGUGAAGAUUGAUGUACCCAGCUCCACAGAGACAUUUUGGGAAGGCAAAACCAACGAGGAUGGGGGAGUGUUCCCGGCCUUCAAUAUUCCUUCUAAUGCUCAGAUUACAGUAAACGUGUUGGCAGACGGCCAGACGCAAACAAAAGUAAUUGAGCGAGCUUUCUCUCCGAGUAAUAGCUACCUUUACCUGAGUUUUACCAACAAGGUGUACUCUGUGGGCGAGUUGCUGACAGUAACUUACAUCACUGUCAAUGGCCCAAACUCUGGGUUUAUAUACUACAUGGUCUUAAGUCGCGGCACCCUAAUAAAACAGAACUCUCUUACGUUUGGUACUUCAGUCAAAGACAACCUGCAAAUAACCUCUGAUAUGGUGCCGUCAUUCCGUCUCGUUGCCUACUACUACAACCAGCGUGGGGACAUCAUUACAGACUCUGUGUGGAUAGAUGUCAGGGAUGUAUGUGAGAUGAAAGUCAAGGUGGAGGGAAAAAGUUCGUACGAACCGGGAAACAAGGCUAGGAUAGAAGUGGAUUUAUAUGGUCAGAAAGCCACAGCGGCUUUAUUGGCUGUAGAUAAGGCCAUCUACGCUCUCAAUGCCGAUAAUAAACUCACAGCCAAACAGGUGUUUUCCUCCAUGCAGUCAUAUGACCUUGGGUGCUCAUACAGCGGAGGAUCUGACCCUGAGUCUGUACUAGUAAAUGCUGGCCUGUCUUCUCUGUCUCAGUCCCGAACAAUGUGGAAAAAAAAUUCGGACUGCGGUUCAAAAGUUGCACGACAAAGGCGCGCAGUGGACCUUCAACAAGAAAUGAUGACCUUAAAAUCAAAUUUUUCCGAUGAACAGAACCAAAAAUGUUGUGUUCGCGGGUUUUCUCUCAUCCCUAUGAAACGAACAUGUCAGGAAAGAGUGAAGAGAAUCUCUAUGGUGGAGGAUAAUCCUUCCUGUGCAAUCUCCUUUUUAAAAUGCUGCCUCGAAGGACAGCGACUGAGACAAAAAAAGAUUCGAGACGACUCCGAGAAAGGACUUGGCAGGACUGCAGAAGUAGCGGAUAUUGAGGAUUUCUUCUGGGACACUGGUGAUCAAUAUAUUCGACGAUUUUUCCCCCCAAGCUUUGCAUUCACAAAAAUUGAAAUAAAUGGGAAAAGAUGGAUUGAUUUGACUCUGCCUGACUCAAUCACCACAUGGGAGAUUCAGGUUGUCACUUUAUCUGCAGCUACUGGUUUCUGUGUAGUUAAGCCGUUGGAGGUCAGAUCGUUUAAGAGCGCAUUUGUCUCUCUGCAACUGCCUUACUCAGUGAAGAAAUAUGAGCAAAUAUCCAUUUCACCUGUUAUCUACAACUAUGGCCAUGACCAACUACAGGUGGCAGUUCAUAUGGAACAGACUGAAGGCCUCUGCUCCCCCGGCUCAGCCACCGCUGUGGCUUUUGUUAACAUCACCGUGGAGCCAGAGUCUUCACAGUUUGUCUCCUUCUCCGCUGUUCCCAUGGUAACCGGCUCAAUACCUAUCAAAAUACGUCUCUACGACAUGGAGAAUGAGAAGGGAAUAGAUGCCAUUGAAAAGACUUUGAAUGUGUUGACAGAAGGACUGGAAAAAAGAGUAGAAGAAACCCAAGUGUAUAAAUUAGAUGGGAGGAGCGCAAAAUCAUUCCAAAUUAGCGGAAUUUUACCAGAUGAAACAGUCCCAGGCUCCAGCUCCAACAUUUUCAUUUCAGCGGAAGCGGAUGGAUUUGGCAGUUCACGCGUGAGGAGCCUUCUUUCCCCCGAGAAGGUUGCCAGUCUGAUCCAAUUGCCUACAGGAUGUUUGGAACAGACAACGUUAAGACUUACCCCUACAUUGUCAGCCGUGCGCUACCUCGACCUGAGUGACCAGUGGUUAGACCUGCCUGCUGGUUCCAGAGAUGUUGCCCUUGAUAAUAUCGAGGCAGGCUACAUAAGGAUUUUUCCAAAGGAGAAACCCGAUGGUUCUUAUGGAUCAUGGUAUUCAACACCACAUAGUAAUUGGUUGACUGCGCUUAUACUGAAAGUGCUAUCGUUGAUGGCGGAGCGUCAGUCCAUGUCUUUUGGAGAGCAGGGCAGAAAAGCUAGGAUUGUACAAGAAGAAAAGAUCAACAACUUAGUCAAUUACUUGCUCACAGCCCAGACCACUGAUGGGUCAUUCCAUGACCUCAAACCAGUGCUACACAUAGGAGUUGUGCAGAAAGGAAUUGACCGAGAGGCAGCCAUGACGGCAUUCAUAAGUCUUGCCCUGAAUCGGUCCCUUCAAUUCCUGAACACUGACUUGAGAAGUAAAGCGGAAGCAAGCAUUACCAGAUCAACAACGUAUCUCCUGAUGCACCUGGAGGAGCUUCAGCAUCCAUACGCUGUUGCCAUUACAGUCUACUGCCUCGCAGUCUGCCUUCCAGAGGGAACAGAUCAUUCAUCUGCCUGGACAAGACUGCGAACACUGGCUAUUCAAGAGGAAAAUGGCUGUUAUCUGUGGACAACAACCCCAGAGAAUCAAGUGAUUGCAGAUGCCAUCACAAUAGAGACCGCCGCUUAUGCUCUGCUUGCAGCAGUGGAACUCGGGCAUACUAAGGAGGCAGAUCAAAUAGCCUGCUGGUUAACCACUAAAGAAAACUAUUUUGGAGGCUAUAAAUCAUCACAGGAUACCAUCAUGGCAUUGGAAGCCAUGGCGGAGUACGAGCUAAAGAGGCCCGUCCGCUCUGAUGUAAAUCUAGUAGCUGAGUUCACAGUCCAAGGAAAGAAAAACAAAGUGCAACUUGUUUUGGAUAAUAAGAAAGAAAAAGUGCAAACAGACCUUAAGAAGUUUUCGGGGAACAACAUUGACGUGAAAGUGACAGGAAAAGGCGAUGCCAAGCUGAAAAUUGUAAAGGCCUACCAUGUGCUGGACCCAGAGGACAGUUGUGACCUAGUGUCAAUCAGUGUCACAGUAGAAGGGAAAGUGAAGUAUACCGACAAGAUCAUAGACAACUAUGAAUACUACGAGGACUAUGACAACGAGGAGGAAAAGGAGGGGCGUGUGCCACAAUCACCAAUUGAGUGGUUUGAUGUUCGCAGCCGGAACAAGAGAGACCUUAAUAACAACUUAAUUUCAGAAGAUGCUGUCACCUACACAAUCUGUGUCAGUAAUAGCCUGAACAGGAAUCUCUCAGGAAUGGGUAUUGCUGACGUCACACUUUUGAGUGGAUUUGAGGUUGUCAUCGAGGACUUGGACAAGCUAAAUGAUCCACGGGAGAAAUACAUUUCUCAUUAUGAGGUCUCCUAUGGGAAAGUGCUACUUUAUUUCGAUGAGCUCUUUGAAUCAGAGGAAUGUAUUAGUUUUGAUGCCAUACAGAGAGUACCAAUUGGUCUUCUACAGCCUGCUCCAGCUGUGUUCUAUGACUAUUAUGAACCACAGACAAAGUGCACUGUGUUCUACUCCGCCCCCCAAAGAAGCAAGAUGGUGUCCACCCUGUGUUCAGAGGAUGUGUGUCAAUGUGCAGAAAGACCAUGUCAUAAAAUACAAAAUACAUUCCAACCAGAAUUUCGUAAGAAGAAUGUCCGUUUGGAACAUGCUUGCUUCUCCCCUACAGUAGACUACGCAUACAUGGUGGAAGUCCUCAAUGUUUCCAUGAAGAGUAACUUUGACCUGUACAAAACGAGUGUAAACGAGGUGCUCAGAUCACAUGGCGAUAAACUUGUGGAUGAGAAUUCUGUUCGAGUGUUUGCUAAGCGGCGUCAGUGCAAAGGACAGUUGGAAGUGGGAAAACAGUAUCUCAUCAUGGGCAAAGAUGGCUCCACAACAGACUCCAGCGGAAAGAUUCAGUAUCUUUUGGAGUCCAACACUUGGGUUGAAAGAAAGCCUUUGGAAGAAGAAUGCAAAAAAUCUGCACAUAAAGUUGCCUGCACACGGUUGAAUCUGUUUCAAGAUGAGUACAAGAUAUAUGGCUGCAGACAGUGAAAUGGACAAAUCAUCAUUCUAGUAGCUUCCGAUGGGAUGCACGCUCAGCAUGGAUGUUUAACGCUAUUUUUAACCCUUUUAUAAUCAUAAAAGCAUGAGAACCUGCAUACAUAUUAAGACAUCAUUGCUUGAUAGACAGUACGUGAAUGACAACUUUCAUAUUAUUUGAAAGUUUAAUACUCUUAGAAUGAGACCACCGUGCAUUUAUGUCCAAUACAGCUACCAGAUAUUAAAUAAAUAAAAACCUUUACCUUUGAAUGUUUUAUAUGUUUGAAAAUGUAACCUAACUCAAUAAAGUUUUGCUCUUUUAUCUCUUUCCAAA